CAGGUAGGUAGAAAAAUAUAUGCUAAUAGCUGUUACUAUCGAUAUACAUAUUUCGAUUAAAAAAUUACACCAAUACACUUCAAACUCUACAACACAGUCACCUAAAAUGUCACGAUAUUCAGAUAAAGUUAAUAUAAUAAACCAAAGUACAUAUCAAAUUUUAAAAGAGGGUAAUGGAGCCUCCAGACGAAAGCUACUGCACAGUUCGAAGUAUAAAAACAAGCACAAUGUCGAACAAAAGUUGUCUCUGUUCGAUUUUCUUACGGUGCCUCGGCAGAAGCAGAAACAUCAAAGACGACCCCACCUGAUCAUUGCUAGAAAGUCGGUGUCACUGCAAACCAAACGAAAGGGAAAGACGCGUUUGCAUCCUAAACGUCGAAUAGCACGUCUAAAACGCAUCAUUCGAAACUAUCGCAGUUUUAAGCAGCACAUUGUUGAUAACACAAAAUGUGUGGAACAGGAACAAAAGGCUUCAGAAUGUGUUUCUUUGGGCUUUGAUGAAACAAAUGUUAAUUCUAUUCUACAAGAAAAGGUCCAUAAUUUAGCUUUCUGUGUCACGGCAAAUGAAAAUAAAGUAAUUGAGCAGAAUCCGUCAGCUCACCAGAACGUCGAGCCAAUUGCCUUACAAGUUAUAGAAGACUUAAAAUGUCUUUCUCUGGAUGAGGGUACGUCAAAAAAAGUGGCCCUACCCACCCCAACACAUAAAAUACAUUCCCGGCGGUUUAGAAGCUACUGCGAUAACUGCACGACACCCCGUCUGAAAGAGUUGACAACUCAAUUGCUAAAUGACUUGGAUCGUUUUCAGAAACGCGCAUACGCUCAUAAUGAAAUUAAAGCACGAGCACAUCCCCGCUUCGUGGUGGGCUUUCGAGAGUCAUUGUCUAGGCUGCGCAUUUACAAAGUGAAGUUGCUUAUCCUGGCACCCGACUGUGAGAUCUGCCCUAUUCCUGGCGGCUUGGACGAUACGAUAGAUGAACUGAAGUCUGUUUGCCAGCAGCAAAAUGUGCCUUACUGCUUCUCGCUAAUGCGUCGGGAGUUAGCCCAUGCCCUGUACAAGCGAGCACAAAUAUCGUGUGUCGCCAUUCUGAACUACGAUGGAGCCAAUGAAACGUUUAAGCAACUGCUUCAAGAAUUGGAUGUGGCAAGCUACCAAUACAAAUGCUUAACUGCAACGUGAUCUUUAUUUAAUCAAGUAGAGAAAGUGCCAAAAAGGUGCCUACACAAAUAUGUCAAUAAACAUAAAUUGAUGUUCGUGAAGUUCACUAA